AUGGCUCAAAAUCAACAUCAAGUCCAUUACUUUGACCUCCCCAACUUCACCUUCACCGACGGGACCACCCUGUCCCUCGCCCGCCUCGCCUACCUCGACAUAAACAGCGCCGCCCCCAAGGUCGCCCUCAUCCCAACCUGCUUCAAGGGCACCCUUCACUCAACCCUCACCUUCUCUUCCGGCGUUUUACAAAACCACAGGAUCAUCGUCGUCGCCCUCUUCGGCAACGGCGAGUCUUCCAGCCCCUCCAACACCACCUCGUUCCCUGCCUCUCUCGACUACCGCGACUGCGUGCGCGCCCAGCAUGCGCUGCUUUCCCAUCUGGGAAUCAAUGUCGUAGACGUCAUCCUGGGGUUCUCGAUGGGCGGACAGACUACCUACCACUGGGCCGUCAUGUACCCGGCCAUGGUCCGCAAUGCGGUCAUCAUUUGCUCAUCGGCGCGCACGAGCGGUCAUAACAGGCAGUUUCUCGAAGGCCCGUCCGCCGCGCUGGAAAACGCCGUUGACUACACGGGACAGCCUCAGGAUUAUGCGCCGCGGGGUGUCCGCGCCUUCGGCAAGGCGUAUUCGGCGUGGCUCACGAGUGCGGAGUGGUUCGACCAGCACCUCUACAGGAACCUCGGUUACGACAGCCUGCGCGCGUGGGAUAUGGACACUACGGGGCCGCGGUGCGACGGGUGGUACCCGAACAACUUGCUCGUGAAGCUGCGCAUGUGGCAAAAUGGCGAUGUUGGCGUUUUGACGGACGGCGGCGGGCUGGACGAAGCCUUGGAGCGGAUUGAAGCGCGGGUGUUGCUGAUGCCGUGCCGGACGGACCAGUACUUUCGCCCUGACGCGAGCGAACGUGAGGUCAAGAUGCUGAAGAGAGGGAGCUUGAAGGUGAUUCCGUCGGUUUGGGGGCAUUUGGCGGGUGCUGGGUCAAACCCGGUGGAUGUAGAGUGGAUGGAUGAGCAGAUCACUGCGUUCUUACAAGGUGCAGAGGCAGGGGAAAUAGCCUAG